AUGGCUUACCCAGGAUACGGCGCCGGCCCCGGUGGAGCUCCAGCACCGCAUCAGGAUCCGCUCUAUGGCAUCUUUUCUCAGCGUAGCUGACAGGAUGGACAGAUCUCAGUGGACGAGCUGCAGCGCUGCCUCACACAGUCUGGCAUCGCUGGCUCAUACAAACCUUUCUCCAUGGAGUGCUGGAAAAGUAUAUGAUGGGUCCUUGACUGUGUCACUCAGAGGGACGGCUCCGGCACCAUGGGCUUUAAUGAGUUCAAGGAACUGUCGCAGGCUCUGAACGGCUGGAAGAAUACCUUUGCAUCCUACGACCGGGACCGCAGUGGAACGGUGGAGGGCCCUGAGAUGCAGCAGGCCAUCACCACCAUGGGUUAUAACCUGAGCCCUCAGGCCAUGAACGUCAUCAUGAACCGCUACAGCACAAGCGGCAGAAUCGCCUUUGAUGAUUUUGUGAGCAGUUGUGUAAAACUCCGUUGCCUGACCGACCAUUUCCGAAGGAGAGACACAAACCAAAGUGGCACGGCCAUGUUUCAGUACGACGAUUUCAUCCAGGUGUCCAUGAGUUUAUGAUGAGGACAAGACUAAACGGAGGGGACGCACCAUCCUUUUAAAAUCUUCUCAUAUUAACAGCAUACACUUUCACUGUAUAGUUUUAGUUUUAAUCAUCAUUAAAAUGUCACUGUCACAUUCAAUUUUUACUACAUUUCACCUCUUUUUAUUUUUUUUUACACAUAUUGUAACAAUGUAUUAACACUAUAGUAACCUCAGGCUGUACCAAUGAUAAACCCCUCUGUGCCUAUGUUAGCCCAUAAUACUGCUCAGCAUAUGAGUAUGAAAUGAAUAAACGUCCACUCUUUACUCCCUA